AUGGCGACCUCCGAUCACCAGCCACAGGAGGAGCCUCGCGCCGCUCCUCCACCUAUGACGGUGAAGGAGCUCGUCGACUCCGGCGCCGUCGGCUCCGUCGUUCCUCCCGAGUACCGCUCAAGGGACCAGGAUCACGCCGCCGUCGAAGUCGAAAUCCCUACUGUCGAUUUCUUGCUGCUCCGCGAGGGGGACGAUCGCCAGAGGAGGAAGACGAUCCGUGAGCUCGGGAGGGCGUGCGAGGAGUGGGGGUUCUUCAUGGUGAAUCCGUGUGGCCGCACAGAUUGCGAUCGAUCCGCCUCCGAUUGCGGGGGAAAUUAGGGCAGAAGAAGUCACGGGGAUGUGGAAUUGCUGCAGGUCGUCAACCAUGGGGUUCCGAUCGGGAUCAUCGACGCGAUGCUUGAUGCGGCGCGGGGGUUCUUCGACCUGCCGGAGGCGGAGAAGAGGGAGUACGCAGGGAAUCAUGUUCUCGAUCCCAUCCGGUGCGGCACCAGCUUCAACCCCGCCGUGGAGGACGUCAAGUACUGGAGAGACUACUUCAAGUUGAUCGUCCAUCCGGUCUUCACUUCCCCCUCGAAGCCUCCCGGCUUCAGGUGAGCUCCCUUCCCGAUCGUCCGCUGAUCAGCGCGGGCCAUCUGUUUGCGGACAUCUCUCUGUGAACUUCACCUCUCUGUUCCAACUAUUCGAUGGAUGGCUGUGGAGCGAGGCGCUGCUGGGCUAUGCUACGUGCGUGAGGAAGAUGACGAUGGAGCUGCUGAGGGGAAUAAGCGAGGCGCUGGGCCUGGAGCAGCACUGCAUGGAGAGGGAGCUUGAUCUGUACAAUGGAGUUCAGUUAGUGGCGGGAAACCUGUAUCCUCCCUGCCCACAGCCGGAGCUUGCGAUGGGCCUGCCGCCGCAUUCUGACCAUGGCCUCCUCACCGUUCUUCUCCAGAACGGCGUGGGUGGCCUCCAGGUGAAGCACGGCGGCAGCUGGGUCCACGUCCGGCCGGCGCCCUGUUCCUUCCUCGUCAACACCGGAGACCACAUGGAGGUCAGUUCCAUCUCCGACACAGUUACCCUCAGAGUACCACGGUGAUGAAUCCAUUCUGCCCUUUUAAUGGAAAAUCUGGUUCAAUUAGGUUGGCUAUAGCCUCAAAACGAUUGAAUUUUCUCAGAAGUUGGAUAGAUUGUGGUAAAAAUCCCAUCUUGGGAAUGGAAUCCUCAUCAUCUUCUUCUUCUUUUAGAGAACUAUUUAUGAAGGGAAAAGAAGUCAAACCGUAUUCUCUUAAAGCUUUCUCCUGUUUAUUUUCUAAGUCAAAAGGAUGGUCAAUUGUGACAUGAAAAAAAUACCGCACUGUGCAAUUUUUUAUUUAUUAUUCGCCCAACAUUUCUUGCGAACUUAACCGCAUAAUAAUGCAUUGUUUCGUCAUCAUAAAUCAUCGUUGAAGCUUACAUCUUGCUUUCUUCUAUUCAACGUGGAAAGUCAACCCUCUCAACGCUUCAUCAUCCUCAUGACCGCCGUGCAGCGUUUAUAUGCUAUUAGCUGUCAUCGUCAUCAGAUUCUAUGAUGUGGGCCGCAGAUAUUCAGCAACGGGAGGAUCAAGAGUGUCCUGCACAGGGCGGUGGUCAAUAGCUGGGCCACGAGGAUGUCCAUCGCCGUGGUCCAGGGGCCGUCUCUGGAGACCUGCGUCCGGCCUACUCCACUCCUGGUGAAGGGCGUUGACCGUCGGAUGUUCCGCGGGAUGAAGUACCGGGACUACGUGGAGUUCCAGCAGAAGAACCGACUCGAGGAGAAGUCUGUUCUGGAUGUUCUCAGGUCAACGGGCGACUGA